AAAGAUAAGAUUAUUUUAUCCAUUGGCUCCGACAUGGCUCUGGUCGCGCCACCAAUCUCGGCCCAUCACCGCCACCAUCAACCACCGCUCUGCAGACCUUUCAAGAACACAGUCACGGGCCUCACGGUUACCUACGAUAAUUCUCUACAUUCCCUUUUCCCUCCUCCAAGAGCUUCUCUUUCUUUUUUAGUUUCAGCUGAAACCCAUCAGAGCCACUGUGACUCUCUAGCUACCACUCUACUCGAUACUUCAGACCAUCAAUCUUCCUUCUCUGAAGAGAUAAACAAGCUCUGCCAAUCCGGUAACCUCUACGUGGCUUUGCUUCUUCUGCAGAGAUACCACAACAAUGACACCAUCAACUUGCAACAGCGAGUUGACGGCAUUGGUGCUCUGUUACAGGCCUGCGGCCAACGGAAGGACAUGGAGAUUGGACGGAGAGUACACGAGAUGGUGCAGGCUACGAACCAAUUCAGAAAUCAUUUCGUUCUCAGUACCCGUCUCAUUACAAUGUACUCUAUGUGUGGGUAUCCGAAGAACUCUCGCUUCGUUUUCGAUCAAUCACGCCAGAGGAACUUGUUUCAGUGGAACGCGCUUAUCAGUGGUUACACGAGGAAUAUGCUCUGGGAUGAUGCAUUAGCCGUGUUCUGUGAAUUACUCUCAGUUACCAGUCUUAGACCUGAUAAUUUCACCUUUCCAUGCGUUCUCAAGGCUUGCGCUGGGCUUACAUGCUUGGGAUUGGGGCAGUCUGUCCAUGGCAUGGCAGUGAAGAUGGAGAUGAGUUCGGAUAUAUUUGUUGGCAAUGCUUUGAUUGCCAUGUAUGGUAGGUGUAGAGUUUUAGAAGAUGCGGUUAAAGUGUUUAGGAGUAUGUCUAUGAGGAGCUUGGUUUCUUGGAACACCGUGAUUUCUGUGUCUUCGGAAAAUGGGUUUUCAGGACAGAAUUUUAAUUUAUUAAGGGAGAUGAUGGUGUGUGAGGAGGAUUUGAGACCAGACGACGCAACACUUGUUACAAUAUUGCCUGUGUGUGCGGGGGAAGGAGAUGUAGAAAUGGGUAGGGUGGUUCAUGGCUUGGCUAUGAAAUUGGGCCUGAGUCAGGAAAUUACAGUGAACAAUGCCUUGAUUGACAUGUAUACCAAAUGUGGAUAUGUAGCUGAUGCAUUUAUCCUAUUUGAAAACAGCAAGCAAAGGAAUGUUGUUUCUUGGAAUGCCAUGAUUGCGGGAUAUUCUAGAGAAGGUGAUGUGUUUGGAACUUUUAAUCUUCUACGCCGAAUGCAAAUGGAAGAGGAGGUAGGGGCAACUAAAGCGGAUGUCAUCACAAUCUUGAAUGUGUUGCCAGCUUGUUUAGAGCAGUCAGAGCUCCGGAGCUUGAAGGAGCUUCAUGGCUAUGCAUUCAGAAAUGGGUUUCACUUUGAUGAUUUGGUGGCCAGUGCUCUCCUUGCUGCUUAUGCUAAAUGUGGGUCGCUUAGCUCUGCAAAUGAUGUCUUUUAUAGCCUGCUCACCAAAACGGUUAGUUCUUGGAAUGCAAUCAUUGGUGGGUAUGCACAGAAUGGAGAUCCAAGCAUGGCAAUUGAUUUAUUCCUCAAAAUGAUGCACUCAGGUCUGGAGCCCGACCGGUUUAGCAUUGGUAGUCUACUUUUAGCUUGUGCCAACAUGAAAUCUUUGAAGUAUGGCAAAACAAUUCAUGGUUUUAUCCUGCACAAUGGGUUUGAAACAGACCCAUAUAUUGGAAUUUCCCUAAUUUCACUUUACAUUCGAUGUGGAAGAACAUUGUCUGCACGUGCUUUGUUUGACAGGAUGGGGGAGAGAAAUCUAAUAGCUUGGAAUUCAAUGAUCAGUGGGUACUCACAGAAUGGGCACCCUGAUGAAGCCCUUGAUCUCUUUCGUCAGAUGCUGCAGGAAGGAACCCGUCCUUAUGAGAUUGCAAUAACAAGCAUUUUUGGGGCCUGUGCGCAGUUAUCAGCUUUGCGGCUUGGAAAAGAGAUCCAUUGUUUUGCUUUGAAAGAGGACCUCACUGCAGACCCUUAUGUUGGAAGUUCAAUUCUAGACAUGUAUGCAAAGAGCGGUUGCAUUGAUCAACCUCGUAAGGUGUUCGACAGACUAAGGGAGAAAGACGUGGUAUCAUGGACUGUUCAAAUCACAGGGUAUGGAAUAAAUGGAUGUGGAGAAGAGGCUAUAAACCUAUUUGAAAGGAUGCAGAGUGAAGGUUUGAAGCCUGAUGGGUACACAUAUGUUGGUAUCUUAAUGGCAUGUAGCCAUGCUGGGUUGGUUGAAAAGGGUCUGAUGUACUUCGUAGAGAUGCAGAGUGAGUAUAGAAUAGAGCCAAGAUUAGAGCAUUAUGCAUGUGCCGUGGACAUGCUAGGUCGGGCUGGACGCUUAGAUGAAGCCAUCAGACUGAUAGAGAGAAUGGACGAGGAACCAGAUGCUGGAAUUUGGGCUGCCUUGCUCAGUGCUUGUAGAAUUCAUGGUGAUGUGUCUCUGGGGAUGAAAAUUGCUGAUAAGUUGUUAGAGGUAGAACCUGACAAACCUGAAAACCAUAUCUUACUAUCAAAUUUGUUUGCUGGAUCAGGGAGGUGGGAUGAUGUGAGAAGGAUUAGAGGGAGGAUGAAGGACAUGGGCCUGCGGAAGGAUAUAGGAUGUAGUUGGAUUGAAGUCAAAGGGAAAGUUUACAGCUUCGUAGUAGGUGAUGAUGCACGCCCUGCAUCAGAGGAGAUACGCAAAAUGUGGAGAACAUUAGAAGAGAAGAUAGUUGGACUUGGAUAUGUACCUGAUACAAAUUCAGUGCUACAUGCAUUGAAUGAACAAGAAAAAGCCGAGGUAUUACGUGGGCAUAGUGAGAAGCUGGCGAUUUCUUUUGGGCUGUUGAAUACUCCCAAAGGUGCGACUGUGAGAGUCUGUAAGAACCUCCGCAUUUGUGUGGAUUGCCACAAUGCAGCCAAGUUGGUGUCUAAAGUGGUGAAGAGGGAUAUAAUUGUGAGAGAUAACAAAAGGUUCCACCAUUUCAGGGAUGGGUUGUGUUCCUGUGGAGACUACUGGUAGGUGAUUGAAGGGUGAAGAAGUUUCUCAUGUUUGAUGGUGGACAGUUAAAAUGCUCUAAAUGUAAAUUUCUUGCAAUGCUUGUAGGCUGGUCAAAUUUCUUUGCUGAAUUCAUCUUUCAUACCUCUAUAGUUGGGUUGUUGUUGUAUUCUUCACUUAAUAUGAAAAAUACUUAUUUAAAUGAGAGGGACUCUGUAUUAUAAUAUGC